AAAAUAAUACCUGACGAGAUUAUUAUAACUACAGAUUUUUUGGAUUUUCCAGGCCUUGCUCACAUGACGGUGUUACGGUGAACAGAAAUGACCGCCAAACAUAGACUAACAGAAGUAGAAUUACUAGCUGAGGAUGGUGAAUGUACGUGUACCUCGGGUUCUGAAGAGUUCUGGAGAAAAAAAGAAAAAAGGAUUUGGAUGGCUACUUUUCUUACUGGAAAUCUAUGUUUAUAUGCUGCUCGCUCAGUUUUACCAGUUUCAGUAGUGGCCAUCUCUAAACAGUAUGAUUGGAGUAAGACAGAUACUGGUAUUGUUCUGUCCAGUUUUUUCUGGGGUUAUAUCCUGACACAGGUGCCUGGGGGAUAUUUAAGUGACCACUAUGGAGGAGAGACUUUACUACUAGUGGGAACAACUGCUUGGUCACUACUGACAUUUUGUUUGCCAGAAACUAUAUGGUUUAGCCAUCGUGAUGCCAAGGGUCCUGGAGUUUUUGUCAUUCUCUCUCGAAUAGCUACUGGGGCCUUUCAAGGUUUUCAUUAUCCCGCUUUGACCAGCAUAACUGUCAAAUACCUACCUACGUCUGAAACUACUUUUUUCACUAGUUUAAUUAGUUCUGGGGCUAUACUUGGAUGCCUGCUAGUCGGAAGUCUUGGUUCUGUCAUUAUUGAACACUAUGGUUGGGUGUAUGUAUUCAGGUUUUUUGGCAUUUUAGGAAUCACAUGGGUUAUCUUCUUGAGAUACUUGUCAACAACAACAAUUUCUGAACAGACAAGUUUGGUUAAUCAGCAGACACAAAAAAUUUCCACAACUACUAGUCUACCCUGGGCUACUUUGUUAAAAAGUAGAGCAUUUUGGGCUAUGUUGAUUGCGCAGAUAACAGAAGACAACUGUUUUUAUAUCCUAAUCUCAUGGUUGCCAGUCUACUUUAGUGAAAAUUUUCCACAAGGCAAG